CAUUAAGGUUGUGGUAGUUCAAUUGAACUUAUUCUGAACGACAGAUAUAUUGUCAUAUAUUGUCGUAUUGACAACUCUAUCAGCGAAUGAAAGUGAAAACAAAAUGAGCAAAACUAACAAAGUUGUUUGGACUGAUGAGAUUUUAUUUUUUGUAAUAAAACAUGUGAAAGCCGCGCCUUUCGUAUGGGAUCAUUCCCAUCCACAGUUUGCGUUUAAAUCAAGAAAAGCAAAGUUCUGGUCCUUGCUUGCGGAAAAAGUAAAUACAUAUGGGGGACUUUAUUUAACUAAUCCAGUUACAAAGGAGGCAUUGCAGAAGAAAUGGACAAAUAUGAAAACAUAUUACUUGUUUGAGGAAAGCAAGUCAAGGCGCAUCGGAGCAGAGGCCGACAGCUUUAGUACCACCUGGAAAUUUAGAUCAACUUUAUCCUUCUUAAGUACAUCGUUGGGCCAACCACAGCGACCGCAGCAAACUACACCGAUAGCGAAUGCGGAAUGCACCACUGUUUCAGCUCCCAAAGCCAGCGAGAGUAGCUUUGAUUUAUCUGAGGACGAUCCACUGGCUACCCAAGAAGGACUUUCCGCAAACAUUAUCAUAAAAACGGAAGAACCGUCUGUGGAAGAAUUGUUAACAGAAAUCCCAUCAAUAAUUGACGACAAUGACAACGAAGACGAAGAAGAAGUGGAACCACCAAUACCACCUGUAAGAAAAAGAGCAAAAGAGUCGUCAAUCGGUGAGGGUCGCACACCAAGGUAUACACACAGAUCAAAUUUUUAUCAUUAUGGCAUGACUGUUGCCCAGGAUCUGGACCAGCUGGAUGAGGAUUACAAAAUAGACGCUAAACUCGAAAUAAUGCAAAUUAUUGCCAAAUACAAAAGAGAACAAUAUUUAAACCAAACUGAUAGUUGAAUAUAAAAAUGAAUGCAAAAUCUAAA